GUAGACAUGGAAUGGAGAGAAAGAGAUGUAGAUAUGGAAUGGAGAGAAAGAAAUGUAGACAUGGAAUGGGGAGAAAGAGAUGUAGACUGGAGAGAAAGAGAUGUAGACAUGGAAUUGAGAGAAAGGGAUGUAGACAUGGAAUGGAGAGAAAGAAAUGUAGACAUGGAAUGGAGAGAAGGGGUUGUAGACAUGGGAUUGAGAGAAGGAGAUGUAGACAUGGAAUGGAGAGAAAGAAAUGUAGACUGGAGAGAAAGAAAUGUAGACAUGGAAUGGAGAGAAAGGGUUGUAGACAUGGAAUGGAGAGAAAGAGAUGUAGACAUGGAAUUGAGAGAAAGGGAUGUAGACAUGGAAUUGAGAGAAAGGGAUGUAGACAUGGAAUUGAGAGAAAGGGAUGUAGACAUGGAAUGGAGAGAAAGGGAUGUAGAUAUAGAAUGGAGAGAAAGAGAUGUAGACAUGGAAUGGAGAGAAAGAGAUGUAGACAUGGAAUGGAGAGAAAGGGUUGUAGACAUGGAAUGGAGUGAAAGGGAUGUAGAUAUGGAAUGGAGUGAAAGGGAUGUAGAUAUGGAAUGGAGUGAAAGGGAUGUAGACAUGGAAUGGAGAGAAAGGAUUGUAGACAUGGAAUGGAGAGAAAGAGAUGUAGAUAUGGAAUGGAGAGAAAGAGAUGUAGACAUGGAAUGGAGAGAAAGAGAUGUAGACAUGGAAUGGAGAGAAAGAGAUGUAGACAUAGUAUGGAGAGAAAGAGAUGUAGACAUGGAAUGGAGAGAAAGAGAUGUAGACAUGGAAUGGGGAGAAAGGGAUGUAAACAUGGAAUGGAGAGAAAGGGUUGUAGACAUGGAAUGGAGAGAAAGAGAUGUAGACAUGGAAUGGAGUGAAAGGGUUGUAGACAUGGAAUGGAGAGAAAGAGAUGUAGACAUGGAAUGGAGUGAAAGGGUUGUAGACAUGGAAUGGAGAGAAAGAGAUGUAGACAUGGAAUGGAGUGAAAGGGUUGUAGACAUGGAAUGGAGAGAAAGAGAUGUAGACUGGAGAGAAAGAGAUGUAGACAUGGAAUUGAGAGAAAGGGAUAUAGACAUGGAAUGGAGUGAAAGGGUUGUAGACAUGGAAUGGGGAGAAAGAGAUGUAGACUGGAGAGAAAGAGAUGUAGACAUGGAAUUGAGAGAAAGGGAUGUAGACAUGGAAUGGAGUGAAAGGGAUGUAGACUGGAGAGAAAGAGAUGUAGACAUGGAAUGGAGAGAAAGGGUUGUAGACAUGGAAUGGAGAGAAAGAGAUGUAGACAUGGAAUUGAGAGAAAGAGAUGUAGACAUAGUUUGGAGUGAAAGGGAUGUAGACAUGGAAUGGAGUGAAAGGGUUGUAGAUAUGGAAUGGAGUGAAAGGGAUGUAGAUAUGGAAUGGAGGGAAAGAAAUGUAGACAUGGAAUGGGGAGAAAGAAAUGUAGACAUGGAAUGGGGAGAAAGAGAUGUAGACUGGAGAGAAAGAGAUGUAGACAUGGAAUUGAGAGAAAGGGAUGUAGACAUGGAAUUGAGAGAAAGGGUUGUAGACAUGGAAUGGAGAGAAAGAGAUGUAGACAUGGAAUUGAGAGAAAGAGAUGUAGACAUAGUAUGGAGUGAAAGGGAUGUAGACAUGGAAUGGAGUGAAAGGAUUGUAGACAUAGAAUGGAGAGAAAGGGAUGUAGAUAUGGAAUGGAGUGAAAGGGAUGUAGACAUAGUAUGGAGUGAAAGGGAUGUAGACAUGGAAUGGAGUGAAAGGGAUGUAGACAUAGAAUGGAGAGAAAGGGAUGUAGAUAUGGAAUGGAGUGAAAGGGAUGUAGAUAUGGAAUGGAGGGAAAGAAAUGUAGACAUGGAAUGGGGAGAAAGAAAUGUAGACAUGGAAUGGAGAGAAAGGGUUGUAGACAUGGAAUGGAGAAAAAGGAUUGUAGACAUAGAAUGGAGAGAAAGGGAUGUAGAUAUGGAAUGGAGAGAAAGAGAUGUAGACAUGGAAUGGAGAGAAAGGGUUGUAGACAUGGAAUGGAGAGAAAGAGAUGUAGACUGGAGAGAAAGGGUUGUAGACAUGGAAUGGAGAGAAAGAGAUGUAGAUAUGGAAUGGAGAGAAAGGGAUGUAGAUAUGGAAAGGAGAGAAAGGGAUGUUGACAUGGAAUGGAGAGAAAGAGAUGUAGACUGGAGAGAAAGGGAUGUAGACAUAGAAUGGAGAGAAAGGGAUGUAGACAUGGAAUGGAGAGAAAGGGAUGUAGAUAUGGAAUGGAGAGAAAGGGAUGUAGAUAUGGAAUGGAGAGAAAGGGUUGUAGACAUGGAAUGGAGAGAAAGAGAUGUAGACAUGGAAUGGAGAGAAAGGGAUGUAGAUAUGCAAUGGAGUGAAAGGGAUGUAGACAUGGAAUGGAGAGAAAGGAUUGUAGACAUGGAAUGGAGAGAAAGAGAUGUAGACAUGGAAUGGAGAGAAAGGGAUGUAGACAUGGAAUGGAGAGAAAGGUUUGUAGACAUGGAAUGGAGAGAAAGAGAUGUAGACAUGGAAUGGAGAGAAAAGGAUGUAGACAUAGAAUGGAGAGAAAGGGUUGUAGAUAUGGAAUGGAGAGAAAGGGAUGUAGAUAUGGAAUUGAGAGAAAGGGAUGUAGACAUGGAAUGGGGAGAAAGAGAUGAAGACAUUAGAAUGGAGAGAAAGGGAUGUAGACAUGGAAUGGAGAGAAAAGGAUGUAGACAUAGAAUGGAGAGAAAGGGUUGUAGAUAUGGAAUGGGGAGAAAGAGAUGUAGACAUUGGAAUGGAGAGAAAGGGUUGUAGAUAUGGAAUGGAGAGAAAGAGAUGUAGACAUGGAGAUUGUACAUUUAAUGCAUUUGAAUU